AUGGCUCAGUAUUACAACCUAACCUUCGUCUUCCUGCUCACAUUUCUCUGCUUUAUGCAUGAGCACAUAAUAACCACUGCAAAUGCGCGUCACCUUCUAGAGAUGUUUCUCACUGAAAUUCCUAAACAAGAAUUCCCGAAAGCUCCAACCUUGCAAAAGCUCGAGUUUCCAAGUGUGUCAAAGCCCGAGCUUCCAUCUUGGAAAACGCCUGCGGUCCCAGCUAUGCCAAAGCCCAAGCUUCCAUCUUGGCCAAAUCCUAAGGUUCCAGUUGCACCAAAGCCCGAGCUUCCAUCGUGGCCAAAGCCUGAGGUCCCAGCUGUGAAGCCCGAGCUUCCAUCUUGGCCAAAGCCUCAGGUCCCACCUGCGCCGAAGCCCGAGCUUCCAUCUUGGCCAAAGCCUCAGGUCCCAACUGCACCGAAGCCCGAGUUUCCAUCUUGGCCAAAGCCUGAGAUUCUAGCUGUGUCGAAGCCCGAGCUUCCAUCUUGGAAAAAGCCUGAGGUCCCAGCUGCACCAAAGCCUAAGUUUCCGUCUUGGCCAAAGCCUGAGGUCCCAGCUGGGCCGAAGCCCGAGUUUCCAUCUUGGACAAAUCCUAAGGUCCCAGCUGCACCAAAGCCCGAGUUUCCAUCUUGGCCAAAGCCAGAGGUCCCAGCUGCACCAAAACCAGAAUUUCCAUCUUGGCCAAAGCCUCAGGUCCCAGCUGCACCGAAGCCCGAGUUUCCAUCAUGGCCAAAGCCUGAAGUCCCAGCUGUGCCGAAGCCCGAGCUUCCAUCUUGUCCAAAUCCUGAGGUCCCAGCUGCGUCGAAGCUCGCGUUUCCAUCUCGGCCAAUGCCCCAGGUCCCAGUUGCGCCGAAGCUCGAGAUUCCAUCUUGGCCAAAGCCUCAGGUCCCAGCUGCGCUGAAGCCCGAGUUUCCAUCUUGGCCCAAGCCUGAAGUCCCAACUGUGCCGAAGUCUGAGUUUCCAUCUUGGCCAAAGCCCUCGCUUUCUCCAUCACACAAAUCCUCUACUCCUUGA